AUGCAGCGGUGGCUGGCGACAAAGCCCAAGGGGUUUAUCGAUCCGUCGAAGCAGUACGACACGUCGUUAGAGGAUCAGCUCUUAGCGGAGAUAGAAGAAAAGGAGCAGCAGAGGGAUCAGGAGGUCUCAACGGGAGGAGGGAACAAGCCGGGAGGGAGCGGGGGGGUGAAGGCGGGAGAGAGGAAGGGAGAGGAUCAAGGGGAGAAGAGGGGACGGAACAGUCAAGGAGUGUUAGACGCGCCUGCAAAAGGGAAAAAGGCCAACACAGACUCGGACCUUCCAUCGUCAGCCAUCAAGGUUCGUGUCUCCGGGCUGCCCAAGAAGAAAAAGAUCGCCAGGGACUUACGGGCAGCAUGGAGCGGGCAGCCCGGGCUGCUGAAAAUAAUUCCCAUGGAGUCGGGAUCCUCUAGCACGCGCGACCCGGUGUGCACUGGGAGUGCUGUGGUGGCUUUUGCGAAUAUUUCAGCGGCUCAGAGCACGCGCGACCCGGUGUGCACUGGGAGUGCCGUGGUGGGCUUUAACGAUAUGGCAGCGGCCCAAAGCACGCAGGUCCCGGUGUGCACUAAGAGUGCUGUGGUGGGCUUUAAGGAUAUGGCAGCCGCUCAAAGCGCCCUCGACCCGGUGUGCACUGGAAGUGCCGUGUUGGCUUUUAUGGAUAUGGCAGCGGCUCAGAGGUAUGCAAGUGGGUGCAGUGCGGUGCAAGACGGCUUCUCCUCUAGCACAUGCGACCCGGUGUGCACUGGGGUCGCCGUGGUGGGAUUCUUUUAUUCGGCAGAUGCUGACAGGUUCAUUUUUAGUUCAUUCAGGAACGAUUCAGCCCCCAUCCGCUUUGGUGAGAAGGAGAAGGCUGUUUCCUGCAAGCCUUUUGAGGCGCCUCAAAAGUCGAUUCAGCCCCCAUCCGCUUUGGUGAGAGGGAGAAGGCCGGUCGCCGAUUCAGCCCCCAUCCGAUUCAGGCUGUUUCCUGCCGCUGCCGCUGCCGUCGUUUCAGGAAGGCUGUUUCCUGCAAGCCGGUCGCCGUCGUUGCUGCUGACUCUCACUCCCCUCUUUCUCCCCUCUUCCUCCCCUCCUCUCUUUCUCGCCCCCCCUCCCCCACUCCCUCCUCUCCUCCCCCAUCAGGUUCAUGCAGCAGUACAAUCGCUCUGCCCCCAUCCAGUUUGGCUGCAGCAGUACAAUCGCUCUGCCCCCAUCUGCUUUGGUCAGAAGGAGAAAGCCGUUUCGUGCAAACUGAUCGCCACAUCUGCUGCUGACUCUCUCUUCCCGUUCAUGCAGCAGUACAAUUGCUCUGCCCCCAUCCUUUUCGGUCAGAACGAGAAGGCCGUUUCAUGCAAGCUCAUUGUUGGCGCUGCUGCUGAAUCGCUCUCCCCUCCCCUCCCCUCUUCCCCUCCUCCUCUCCCCCUCUCCCCUCCUCCCCCCCUCCUCUUCCCCCCCCCAUCAGGUUCAUGCAGCAGUACAAUCGCUCUGCCCCCAUCCGGGGAGGAUGAGACAAUGAGGAGGGGAGAGACAAUGAGGAAAGAGGAGGUUCGGGAAGAGGAGGAUCGGGAAGAGGAGGAUCGGGAAGAGGAGGAUCGGGAAGAGGAGGUUCGGGAAGAGGAGGAUCGGAAAGAGGAGGAUCGGGAAGAGACGCCUGCUGGAAAGAAGGGAGACACGCCUCCCAGAAGCUAUGAAGUGCAAGGGACUAAGGGGGAUAAUCAGGAGGAGGAUCAGGAAGAACUGGUUGAAGGGAAUAAGGGCGGUAAGAUGACUAGUAGGGAGAAUGGACUGCAGGGGAAAGCGGUUGUUGCAGGAAAAGGGAGUUUGCAGGAGAGGAAUUUGCAGGAGAAGAAAGAAGCAUGGUUGCAGAGGUUAAGGGAGGAUAAGGAGCUAAGGGCGCGGGUGGAGGAGAUUAAGAGGAAGGUUCUAAGAGAUAUGGCGGCAGGAGGGAGGGAAGGGGAGGUGGGGGGUGGAGGGGGGAUUGGAGGGAGUGGAAGGCUGAGGGUUAAGGAAAAGGGUGUGACUGUGUCGAGAUUGGGGGUAAGGGAGAGGGGAGGGGGACAGGGGAGGGUUAUGGAGGGGGAAGGGGUGAAGGGGAAAUUGAGAGGAGAGGAGGGAGGAGGGAGGAUGAAAGAGGAGGAGCAGGAGUGGGAGGAAGAGGAGGAAGAGGAGGGAGAAUGGGAGGAGGGUGAGGAGGGUGAGGAGUGGGAAGAGGAGGAGGAGGAGGAGGAGGAAGAAGAGGAAGAGGAGGAUGAAGGGGAAGUGAUAAUGGGCGAAGUGGAGGUGACUGUAGAGAGUAUUACAGUUGAGAGCGUUACUGCUGGAAGUGAUUAUAUUGGAAGUGAUUCUGUUGAAGGAGAAUCGGCUAUCAGUCCUGCUACACUUGCUGCUUCAGCAACAGCAGCAGCAACAACAGCAACAGAGAAGGCACAUGCUACCUCUCCAUCCGUUUCUCUUCCCCCCCAGCAACCCAAAGGGGUAAAGCAGCAAGGAGGGGAGGGGGGGCAAAGGAAGGGAGAGGGCAGAGGAGAGGAGGAGGAGGAGCAGCAGAGGGCGGCUGAGGCGCGCAUUGAGGCUCUUGAAGCGAAGCUGCUUAAAAUGAGUCAGGCGGGAGGGGGAAGUGAAGGGGGAGGGAGUGAGGGAGGAGGGAAAAGAGGAAAGGGGAGGAGGACCAAGGAGGGAGGGGGAAAGCGCAGAGCUACCGUUAUCUACCGCAAAGUAUUCAGUGAGCCAUAG